GUAAAGCCAAAUUAAGUCAGCUAGCAGCUGAACUGCACGAGCGACUGACAUCCGUCGAAGAAGAAAAGUAUGACCUCAAGAUAGAAGUAAAAAAACAAAAAUACGAGUUGAAAGAAGUUUCUCAGAGGAUAGAGGAAAUCCAAAAACGGAAGCGAUUCGCAGACAAAAUGGACGAAUUAGAAGAUUACACGAGUGAAGAUUUACUACAAGAUUUAAUCAAAGCAGACGCGGACAGCAUAUCCUUGAUGCCUUCGACUGGAACCCAUGCGUCCAUAACGACCAUAGGAGGCGUGUAUGGUCGUCUCAAACAGUUCCACAAAAUGACCAAACCCAAAAAGGAACCCACAAUCGAACGCAAGGUGUCUGAGCCCGGAGAAAUAUCAAAGAGAAUCCAGUCUAAAAUUGAGGAGAGUGGACUGGUGUGUUGUGAGUGUGAGGAGAAAGUGUUCCAUGUGGAGGCAGUCCAGUUGAGAGACAAGCAGUUCUACCACAGAGAGUGUGUAUAUUGCAACUGGUGUGGAAAGACUGUCAGUCCGCAUGACGUUGGGUUCCACGCUGACCAGAUUUACUGUCCCUUCCAUCUUAAACAAGCAGUGUUCGGAGCCACUCCUCCGCCCAGAUCACCUCUGAAGAAAAAGAAUGGCCUCGUUAAUGGAUUUCACAGUUGACCAGGCUCAAUGUCUAGUGGAUCCUCAUGACAAACUUAGAAAUACUAUAAGACGUUAUGAAAAACAAUCUGGCAUCACGUUUUCUAUGUUAUUCGCGUAAAUACAGGCAUCAUCAAAAGAUAACUUUUGAUUUAGUGAUAUUCAGACAUUUUGUAUUCAUAGUGUAGUUCAACCUCAGAAGCAAAAGAAUUUUUAUGUUAAUGUUGUUUAAUUUUGUAAUUAAUAUGUUGGUAACUUGUAAAAUAACUUUUUUUUAC